AUGACUGAUGCAAGCGACUUUGCAGUUGGAGCAGUACUUGGGCAGCACAAGGAUAAGAAACUUCAUGUGAUCUAUUACGCUAGCAAAACUAUGGAUGAAGCUCAGUGCAGAUACGCCACAACAGAGAAAGAACUCCUGGCUAUUGUUUUUGCAUUCGAGAAGUUCAGAUCCUACCUGGUGGGAUCUAAGGUGAUUGUGCACACAGACCAUGCUGCUCUUAAGUAUCUGCUCACAAAGAAAGAUGCGAAACCAAGGUUGUUAAGGUGGAUUCUUCUCCUCCAAGAAUUUGAUCCUGAGAUAAAGGAUAAGAGAGGAGUCGAGAAUGGGGUUGCAGACCAUCUGUCCAGAAUGAAGAUUGAUGACGACACAACUCUUGAUGAAGAACACCCAGUGGAACACGUCAAUGCGAUUGGUCUGCGUUUCACGGAACAACCUCUGCGAAUCACAUCUGACUGCUCUAGCAUCGCGGAACAACCUUUGGGAAGGAGAUCCGAUUGUUAUCACGUCGCGGAACAUCCAGUCGCCGUGAUCCAAAAGGAGGCGAGGCGUUAUGUUUGGGAUGAACCGCUUUUGUACAGACAUGGCAAGGAUGGCUUGUUCAGAAGGUGUGUUCCAGAGGCAGAUAUUCCAGGAAUCCUACAUCACUGCCAUGGUUCAUCUUACGCAGGCCACUUCGCUACAUUCAAAACGGUUUCCAAAAUCCUUCAAGCAGGUUUCUGGUGGCCAACUAUGUUCAGGGAUGCUCAAGCCUACAUAGCCAGGUGCGAUGCAUGCCAACGACUUGGGAACAUCAGCAAGAGGAAUGAGAUGCCUCAGAAUUACAUUCUAGAGGUUGAGGUGUUCGACUGUUGGGGAGUCGAUUUCAUGGGACCAUUCCCUUCGUCCUACAAGAACGAGUACAUCCUCGUCGCCGUUGACUAUGUAUCUAAGUGGGUAGAAGCGAUAGUAAGCCCUACUAAUGAUGCAAAAGUGGCGACUAAGAUGUUCAGCUCCAUCAUCUUUCCGAGGUUUGGAGUGCCUCGAGUCGUCAUUAGCGAUGGUGGAACACACUUCAUCAACAAGGCAUUUCAGGGCCUCUUGAAAAAGAAUGGAGUGAAGCACAAGGAUUGGUCACUUAAGCUGGACGAUGCAUUAUGGGCCUACAGAACAGCCUACAAAACCCCACUGGGAACAAGUCCCUAUCACCUGGUCUACGGUAAAGCAUGUCACCUCCCUGUCGAGCUAGAAUACAAAGCUGCAUGGGCAGUCAAGUUACUGAAUUUCGACAUCAAGCCAGCAACCGAGCGACGCAUGAUCCAAAUCCAUGAGCUGGAAGAGAUAAGGCACCUAGCCUAUGAAAGCUCCAAAAUUUACAAGGAGAAGACCAAGGCCUACCAUGACAAGCGCAUCAUUGCCAGACAUUUCGAACCAAACGAUAAGGUCUUGCUUUUCAAUUCAAGGUUGAGGUUGUUCCCAGGCAAGCUGAAGUCUAGAUGGUCCGGACCCUUCACUGUUAAGGAAGUUCGACCCUACGGAGCUGUUGUGUUACUGAACAGAAAAGGAGACGAGUUCGUAGUGAACGGGCAGCGCUUAAAGCAUUACCUUGCUGACUCCACUAUCGCAGAGGGCGAAGAAAUUCCUCUAAGCGAUCCCCCAUCAGCCUGA